AUGCAGAAAAUUAUCCAGCGGACAGCUGCGGCCAGAAAACAGGCCCAGAAGAAGGCCUUCCGUGCCAAACAGAAGGAGAAUCUCGUCGAUCGGUUGGACACACUACGGACAAAGAAGGAGUACAACAAGGCACUGAGCGACAACCUCAAGGCCGCACGCCAUGCUCGCUGGGAAGACUGGAAAAAGGGCGACCUGGCCCCUAAACGCGAUUCCGGAUUGGAGGCGACCACCUUUGGUGCUCUUGACCCUGCGUUGAUGCACCCUCCUAAGCUUCCAGCACACCAACGCCGAUCGGCUAUUCUAUUUGCUCCGGGAGACCGAGUCUGUGUUAUUCGAGGCCGGGACCAGGGAAAAAUCAACGAGGUUGUGCAGGUCAAUGAGGAGAGCGAGACUGUCCUGAUCAAGGGUAUCAACCAGGCCGAGAUUACUGUCCCAGAAUGGGCGAAGGCCUCUAUGGGAAUCAAGACCGACGUUCUUGUCCAGAAUAUGCCUGUUCCGAUGGAUGACGUCCGACUCGUCGUUGCGCUUGAUGACUCCGUUGAAGGCACCAAAGACCACAUCGUACAGCACGCUUAUGCCGGCAGAACCUGCAUCGAGCGACCGUCCUACAGCAAACUCCCAAAAUAUAACCGUUACAUCUCUGGACUCAACAUUGAGAUCCCCUGGCCCACCGAGGAGGAGCCACACACCAAUGACAGCGAGGUGGACACAACGCGCAAGGAAGUCGAUGAGACAACCUGGGUGCCAUCUUUGGAUAACCCGCCUUUCCCCUCCACCAUCAUCGAUGAAUUGCGAAACAAAUUCUCCAGAUUCCGAACACGCCACGAUGAAGAAUACGUGAGAAAGAAGGUUGUAGAGGAAUACUACCAAGAAUACCUUUCAAGCCAGAACCUGUUCACACCCUCUGGAGAAUAUCGUCAGAUGAAGAUCGAGAAGAGCAUUGAGGCUAGGAAGGCUAAGCAGGAUGAGGACGGAAAUACGAUUAUGGCCUCGGAGACUACCAACUUCAUUGAACAGUUCAUGAGCCAGAAUGUGGCUCCGAAGUCGAAGAAAAAGGCGGCCAAAGCCAAGCAAGCUGCUUGA